AUGGUAUUUCACGUUGAAGCUUUUAUUCAAUUCUGUUUUCCUAUUUUUCUGACAGCUCAUGCACCUGGAAAAGCUCCAACCGCAGCGUCACCUGCUGGAUCCCACUCAUCUCCAACUAACCAUGCACCUGAAAAGGCGCCAACACCCAUAUCCAGUGUUCCUGGAGGUACUAGUUCACACCCACCUUCAACAGCUUAUGCACCAGAAAAGGCUUCAUCAGAGUUGUCACAUGCGCCUGCUGGUUCACACUCAUCUCCAACAGGCCAUGCACCCGUAAAGGCUCCAACACCUGUAUCCAAUAUUCCUCGAGGUACUGGCUCAAAUGCACCUUCUACGGCUCAUGCACCAGAAAAGGUUCCAUCCAAGUCGUCACGUGCGCCUGCUGGUUCCCGCUCAUCUUUCCAUGCACCGAAAUCAUCGAAUGUGCCUCGAGGUACUGUUACACAACAACCUUCUACAGCUCAUGCACCAGAAAAGGCUCCAUCCAAGUCGUCACAUGCGCCUGCUGGUUCUCACUCAUCUUCCCAUGCACCCGUAAAGGCGCCAACACCUGCAUCCUCACAUGUUCCUGCUAGUCCUAGGUCACACCUAACCCCGAAUGCUCAUGCACCCGAAAAGGCUCCAACGCCCACAACUUCCAAGAAAUCCCCUAGUUCUAGUUCACACCUAUCUCCAACAUCUCAUGAACCCUCAACAACGUCAGAAGUACCUUCUGUUUCACCAACAAAAGGCAAACCGUCCAACGAAUCUUCUUCAGUUUCAUCUCCCACGUCAUCAAGCACAACAAGAUCAGCAACGAGUUCUCCGACGGAAAGUAUUGCUCCUGCCACCGGCGGAAAUAUUCCGGCAGACAUUGAUUCACCAGCUAGCUCACCCAUCAAUUCUCAAUCAUCAGCAGAGAAGGCAAAUACUCCUUCAGUUGUUGUGAUAUCAACAAUGUCACUCCUCUUGACUCUGGUUUUGGGAGGAUUUGUUAUUUCACCUUAGGGAAUUGCUAAUAAUUUUGACCCAUAAAUUACCAUAAACACUUUGUUCUGUCUCCGGGUUACUAUCACUUGAUUUGGUUUUGGUUUUCCUCUUUCUUGUUUGUGUUAGUUAAUUUUGUUUUCUUGAAUCACAGUUGGGUUGGGAGUGUUUUAGACUUUAGAUAAUCAAAGUCUCUCUAGUUGUUUUUUUGUUUUUUUUUUUUAUUAUACUUUUUUCUUUUUGGUGUCUUACCAAGAACUUUAAUAUAUAAGUAUAUAGUAAUUUUCUUCUUAUUUACUCUUUACCUUGGCAUAUUUCAUAGUUUAGAGCUCGCUAUACUCAGUUUUGUUUUACUUAUCCUCUAUACUAAAAUUAGAUGUUCACUUUUAUUUGUGCGGUUUAAAAAAUCAAGACAAAAUUUAACACUUAGUUUCUAAUUUACCCUUAUUAAGUUCCUAAUUUACCUUUAUUAUUUAUUAUAAUCACUUAUAAGUGCAUUUCCUGAAACGUUGCAUUUAUUAUAUUCAAAGGGUAAUUGUAAAAUUAUCAUUCUAUUUUAACUCCUUAAUAGGUAUUCCUUCCGGAUAAAAAAGAGUGUAUACUUAGCUA